GGAAUGUUUACCAGACACGAGAGAGCCCAGAGGGACAGCGCCCAGAGCCGAGUUAGCGAGACGCACAGCUCCCCCCAUCGCUGGCCCAGGAUUAGGGGCGCAGCCACCAGGGGCCCCUUCCCCCUCCUCAGCCUCCCUCCAGGGCCCCUUUAAGACAGGGCUGGUCCUCUCCUCUCUGAGUUAACCCCUCGCAGUCCAGGUGGCCCCCUAGGCUCCCUCCGGCCGGUGGGCGGAGGCAGCGGGGGAGCCAGGGGCGGAGAAAGGGUUGCCCGAAGUCUGGGAGGGAGAGAAGGAGGCAAGGGAGCAGGGAAGGCAGCCGCUGAGCAGAGCUGGCGAGGGGCCCCCGCCGUGCCAGGCGGGCAGUGCCAAAUCCGGGGAGCCCGGAGCUGGGGGGAGGGCCGGGGACAGCCCGGCCCUGCCCCCACCCCCUCGGGGUGCUCAGAAACUUCUGAGGAAAGUUUGGCAUCGAUUGCGCGGUGCCCCGAGGAUGGGCAGGGUUCCGCUGGCCUGGUGCUUGGUGCUGUGUUGCUGGGGGUGCGUGACCCCCGAGGGCACACAGGCGGAGGCGGACCCCUUUGUGGGGAGCCCGGGAAACAUCACCGGUGCCCGGGGACUUAUGGGGGCCCUUCGGUGUGAGCUCCAGGUUCAGGGGGAGCCCCCUGAGGUGACCUGGCUUCGGGAUGGACAGGUCCUAGAGCUGGCGGACAGCACUCAGACCCAGGUGCCCCUGGGCGAAGACGGGCAGGACGACUGGAAAGUGGUCAGCCAACUCAGACUCUCAUCCCUGCAGCUCUCGGAUGCAGGAUGGUACCAGUGUGCGGUGGUCCUGCGAGGAAAGACCUUCAUGUCCCAGCCUGGUUAUGUUGGGCUGGAGGGCCUGCCUUACUUCCUGGAGGAGCCUGAGGACAGGACCGUGACUGCCAACACCCCUUUCAACCUGAGCUGCCGGGCCCAGGGACCCCCAGAACCCGUGGACCUCCUCUGGCUCCAGGAUGCUGUCUCCCUGGCUCCAGCCACAGGCCAGGCCCCCCAGUACAUGCUGCGUAUUCCAGGCCUGAACAAGACGUCUUCCUUCUCCUGUGAAGCCCAUAAUGCCAAGGGGGUCACCACAUCCCGCACGGCCACCAUCAAAGUGCUCCCCCAGCGCCCCCGCGACCUCCACCUGGUUUCCAGCCAGCCCACAGAGCUGGAGGUGGCUUGGACGCCAGGCCUGAGUGGCAUCUACCCCCUCACCCACUGCACCGUGCAGGCUGUGCUGUCAGACGAUGGGGUGAGCAUCUGGCUGGGACAGCCAGACCCCCCAGAGGAGCCCCUCACCUUGCAAGCAUCUGUUCCCCCUCACCGACUUCGGCUGGGCAGCCUCCAUCCUCACACCCCUUAUCACAUCCGGGUGGCGUGUGCCAGUAGCCAGGGCCCCUCACCUUGGACCCACUGGCUUCCCGUGGAGACGUCAGAGGGAGUGCCCCUGGGCCCCCCCGAGAACGUUAGCGCCAUGCGGAAUGGGAGCCAAGCCCUCGUGCGUUGGCAGGAGCCGAGGGCGCCCCUGCAGGGCACCUUGUUAGGGUACCGGCUGGCCUACCGAGGCCAGGACACCCCCGAGGUGCUAAUGGACGUAGGGCUAAAGCGAGAGGUGACCCUGGAGCUGCGGGGGGAUGGGACUGUGCCCAACCUGACGGUGUGUGUGGCAGCCUACACCGCCGCUGGGGAUGGACCCUGGAGCCUCCCUGUGCUCCUGGAGCCCUGGCGCCCAGGGCAAGGACAGCCAAUCCACCAGCUGGUGAGUGAACCCCCAGCCCCUGCCUUCUCGUGGCCCUGGUGGUAUGUGCUGCUGGGAGCAGUUGUGGCCGCUGCCUGUGUCCUCAUCUUGGCCCUGUUCCUCGUCCACCGGCGGAAGAAGGAGACCCGCUAUGGAGAGGUGUUUGAACCAACAGUAGAGAGGGGUGAGCUGGUGGUCAGGUACCGCGUUCGCAAGUCCUACAGUCGCCGGACCACUGAAGCCACCUUGAACAGCCUGGGCAUCAGCGAAGAGCUGAAAGAGAAGCUGAGGGAUGUGAUGGUGGACCGGCAUAAGGUGGCCCUGGGGAAGACCCUGGGAGAAGGAGAGUUUGGAGCUGUGAUGGAGGGCCAGCUCAACCAAGACGACUCCGUCCUCAAGGUGGCUGUGAAGACAAUGAAGAUUGCCAUCUGCACGAGGUCGGAGUUGGAGGAUUUCCUGAGUGAAGCCGUCUGCAUGAAGGAAUUCGACCACCCCAACGUCAUGAGGCUCAUCGGCGUCUGUUUCCAGGGUUCCGAACGAGAGGGCUUCCCGGCACCUGUGGUCAUCUUACCCUUCAUGAAACAUGGAGACCUACACAGUUUCCUUCUCUAUUCCCGGCUCGGGGACCAGCCAGUGUUCCUGCCCACUCAGAUGCUGGUGAAGUUCAUGGCAGACAUUGCCAGUGGCAUGGAGUAUCUGAGUACCAAGAGAUUCAUACAUCGGGACCUGGCUGCCAGGAACUGCAUGCUGAACGAGAACAUGUCCGUUUGUGUGGCGGACUUUGGGCUCUCCAAGAAGAUUUACAACGGGGACUACUACCGCCAGGGACGCAUUGCCAAGAUGCCAGUCAAGUGGAUCGCCAUUGAGAGUUUGGCUGACCGCGUCUACACCAGCAAGAGUGAUGUGUGGUCCUUUGGGGUGACAAUGUGGGAGAUUGCCACACGGGGACAAACCCCAUAUCCAGGAGUGGAGAACAGCGAGAUUUAUGACUACCUGCGCCAGGGAAACCGCCUGAAGCAGCCUGUGGACUGUCUGGAUGGACUGUAUGUCCUGAUGUCCCGGUGCUGGGAGCUAAACCCCCGGGACCGGCCGAGUUUUGCAGAGCUGCGGGAAGAGCUGGAGAACACGCUGAAGGCCCUGCCCCCUGCCCAGGAGCCGGAAGAAAUCCUCUAUGUCAACAUGGAUGAGGGUGUGGGUCAUCCUGAACCACUUGGAGCAGCUGGAGGAGCUGACCCCCCAACCCAGCCUGACCCUAAGGAUUCCUGCAGCUGCCUCACUGCAGCUGAGGUCCAUCCUGCUGGACGCUAUGUCCUCUGCCCUUCUACAGCCUCUGGCCCCACCCUGCCUACUGAUAGGGGCUCCCCAGCAUCCCCGGGGCAGGAGGAUGGAGCCUGAGACAACCCUCUACCUGGGACUCCCUCUCAGGACCCAAGCUAGGCACUGCCACUGGGGGACCCCCCUCCACUUUCCCGCUCCAGGCCUUACCCUCAACUGCAGCUCUCUCUUCCUUCCUAUUCCACUUCCAUCCCAGACAGAUCCUCUCCCUUUUCCAUGCCUUUGUGUCCCCAUGUGUAAAAGGAAGGGGUUGGACUGCAAUCCCUAAGGGUCCUCCUAGGUCUAACAUUCCAAGAUUCUAGAUUCUAAGGUUUAAAGAGUCUAGACUCAAAGGUUCUAGGUUUCAAAGAUGCUAUAAGUCUUUGGUUCUAAGGACCUGAAAUUCCAAAGUCUCUAAUUCUAAAGUGCUAAGGUUCUAGACAUAGAAGUCCUAAGGCCUAUAUUCUAAGGCUCUGAGACUCUAUGGCUCUAGAUUUUUCUGGUUCAAAGAUUCUUGAUAAAGCCCACAAGAUUUUAGGUUCUAAAGCUCUAAGAUUCUAAUUCUAGGAUCUAAGACUCUAUGAUUCUAGAUUUUAUUUUUCUAGGGUUCUGAAUCCUUAGGGUGUAAGAUUCUAGAUUCUACAAUUCUAAAAAUUCUACAAUUCUAGACAUGGAGGUUCUAAGGCCUAAUGUUCUAAAAUUUGAUGUUCUAAGCCUCUUAGAGUGUAAAUCUUCUGGCUGUAAGACUAGAUCAUAAGCCUUCAAGAUUUUAUCUUCUCAAGUUCUAAGAUUCUAAUGAUGGCCAACUAUAGGUCUAAGGCAUUAUGAUUCUUGAAACUCUUGUUAGGAGAUUCUGGAUCCUAAAGGUCUAAGAUUCUAGAAUCUGCAAUUCAAAAGUUCUAAGAGUCUAAAGAUGGAGUUUCUAAGGUCUCAUGUUCUAAGAUGUGAUGUUCUAAGACUUAGCCUAAGAACCUAGAUUCUCUGUGUCUGAGAUUCUAGAUCAUAUGCUUCAAGAUUCUAGAUUAUUAAACUCUAAGAUUCU